UGAUUUUACACAGCGUCCCGGGCGACCGGGCUGACUGUUCCGUCAGUGCAGCGGCUCCUCGGAGCCGUCAGUCACCUUGCAAACCUCGGACCGGUGGGACAGACGCUCCCCGGCCGGCUGAGAGGGGCGAGCGGACAGGGCUGCAGGGGAAUGGAGAGGCGGGGGUUCUUCAGUGCAGAAAUGCAGAUUACCACAGAUGAAAUGAAAAGGUGUACAGCCCGGCAGGAUCGGAGUUAGGAAACCCAAGGAUAUCUUGUUUUAAAUAUCCCUUUUUGUAAAACGAUGAUAGCAAAUGCUCAGUAAGUGCCUUGAAAGGGGAACGGACGGGGAACAAUCCGAGUCCUAGAGGAAACUGCCAUUGCGAAGCUCGGUGGAGAGGGCAAAGUGGAGCGCCAGAGGACACUGAUCGUCUGGGUAGCGCCAUCCUCAAUGAAACUUGAAAACUACAGCUGCAUACCAAGGAAAAACACUAUUUGUGUCUUAAUUUGGGAAUGAAGUCCCUCACGCACACGAUAAAAGACUAGGCGGGCAGUGUGACAACUUCUUGGCAGUAGAGAUGACUGCGCUGGUCAACCUGCAAUGCUGCCUUCUCCUGUUGACAUCCGGCCACCUGCUGUGCGCUCUGGCCCAGGGCGCAAACGACACCGCUAUAAAUGGGACAGAGCAGACGGCCGGACGAGUGCCUUUUAUUACGUCCCAGCUGGAUCACCUCAUAGCCAAAGAGGGUCUCAGUGUAACGAUAGGCUGUAACGUCAGCGGGAACCCUCCGCCACAAGUUCAGUGGUACAACUCCAAUGGGAGAUUGCUGACUCAGGAAGGUGGCAAAUGUUGGAUUUCGGAGAGUGGUUUGUUGAACAUCACUACGGUGACUUUUGAGGACCGAGGGAAGUACACGUGUGUGGCCUCAAACCCUUAUGGGACCAUCAACUACACGGUGACUCUGAGAGUCAUCUUCACCUCAGGGGAUAUGGGCAUUUACUACAUGAUUGUUUGCCUUGUGGCGUUCACUAUUGUGCUGAUCUUGAACAUCACCCGCCUGUGCAUGAUGAGUAGCCACCUCAAGAAGACCGAGAAAGCCAUCAACGAGUUUUUCAGGACAGAGGGUGCAGAGAAGCUGCAGAAGGCGUUCGAGAUUGCCAAACGGAUCCCCAUCAUCACCUCGGCCAAAACCCUGGAGCUGGCGAAGGUCACCCAAUUUAAGACGAUGGAAUUUGCCCGGUACAUCGAGGAGCUUGCCAGAAGCGUGCCCCUCCCACCACUCAUCAUGAACUGCAAGAUGUUUAUGGAGGAAAUAAUGGAGGCCGUCGGCAUGGAUGAGCCAAGCCAUAUCUACGUGGGAGACGUGCCAGCCAGGCAGGAAGCCCAGGAUGAGGUGUAUACCGUACCAAACUCUUUAAAGCGUAGUAACUCAUCGGCAGGGGACUCAGAUGAGGCGUCCUUGCAUGAACAGCCUCAGCAAAUUGCAAUUAAGGUAUCGGUACACCCCUUGUCUAACGAAGACAGACAGUCCCAGCAAGGGACCAGCCACCAUUCUGAGGAAGAUGUCACCGAGUCAGAGGCAAAACUGGCUGCCCUCGACAAGACCCCUGAACCUGGGUCGACAGAAAAUGUCAGCGACAUUGUGCCAGCUGCUUCCGUGAAGAGCGAUCAUGUCACGGUGACUGUGAUAGAAAACUGCAAGCAUGCCACACCGCCUGUGAUUCGGAAACCCUCCCGGGUUUUGUAUGAGAGCCAUGUAUAGUGGGCACAGACCUCAUAUACCCUUCUAGCUCUUAACAUUAAAACAUUACAAGACGAUCAUUGCAGAGGAGAAGCAAAUGUAAUACGGCAUGUUUUAAUUUACAUUCUGUUGCCUCAGAUUACUUUGGUCAUUAUUGACAUCACAUCCGAAUAGUUGAUUUCUUUUGGAAAAACAUUUUAAUUUUUUUAUUGGCAAAAUCAUGUAGCCAUCCAUCAAUAUUAUUUUCAAUGAAGCACCUCUAGGUAAAUGUGUCACAUAACAUAACUAUCUUUUGAACUAUUUAAUCUGAUAAUUUGAGUUCAUUAUUGCAUUCUCAGUUGAUCAGACUUAAUAUUAGGUUGUCACAUCAUGUGCUUCCUGCUGGAAUGUAGACGGGCUGGUAGAAAUUCAGUAAAUGUUGAAGUAAAUUACCAAAUACAAUAAAUAUUCAUGCACAAUA